CGAAGAGCGCCAAGAAAAGAAAGAGUCACAACCUUAGUCGGAGCCGAGUGCGAUAAUAAUUAUUAUUGUAGUGACUCAAGUCUAUCUAUCACUACUACGCUGGUGACUGGCAACGAAAGUGCACUUGCCAUCCAUACUACGUACCAGACCUAGCAAGUCACUGGAGGCUUCAUCCCGCUUCAGUUCACUUUUGUUUCUUUUUUUUUCCUGAUCCCUCCUUCGUCCUCCUUCCCCCACAAUGGCUGCGACCUCUUUUGUUAUCAGGACGCCCUGCUCUUCCGCCAACAUCGGACCUGGGUUCGACGUGAUCGGCCUGGCAUUGUCCAUGCACUUGGAGCUCCACGUCACAAUUGAUACCUCCAAGUCAUCGCAACAACCACUUAACUGUCGCAUCACAUAUGACGACCUGAGCAACAGUUCCGAGAAGAUCAGUCUGGACCCCGAGGUCAACUUGAUCACCCGCGUAGCACUUUACGUACUUAGAUGCCAUAGCCAACGGGCAUUCCCUGCUGAGACCCAUGUGCACAUUGUAAACCCGAUCCCCCUUAGUCGGGGUCUCGGUUCUUCUGGCACUGCCGUUGUGGCUGGUGUAAUGCUGGGAAAUGAGGUAGGUAAGCUUGGACUCAGCAAGGAUCGUCUCUUGGAUUAUUGUUUGAUGAUCGAACGACACCCCGACAAUGUCGCUGCCUCGCUCUUCGGAGGCUUCGUUGGCACCUACCUCAACGAACUCGCUCCCGAAGAUGUUGCGCGCAAGGAGAUUCCUCUCAGUGAAGUUCUUCCUUCUCCGGCUGGUGGCAUUGACACCGGCAAGAGGCCUCCUGAGCCGCCCAUUGGCAUCGGCCAUUACAGAAAGUUCCAGUGGGCCAAAGAAAUCAAGGCUAUUGCCAUCAUCCCCGACUUUGUCGUGCCGACCGCCAACGCCCGGAAUGUUCUUCCUACCUCGUAUACCAGAGCGGAUGUUGUCUUCAACCUCCAGCGCGCUGCCUUGCUCCCAGCAGCUUUGGGCAGCUCUCCGCCGGACCCAGACAUGAUCUAUCUGGCCAUGCAAGAUAAGGUCCACCAACCAUACAGACAGACUCUUAUCCCCGGCUUGACGGAAAUUCUUCAAUCAAUGAACCCACGUACGCAGCCCGGUCUGCUUGGAAUCUGUCUGUCAGGUGCCGGUCCGACCAUCCUUGCCUUGGCAACGGAUAGGUUCGAAGAAAUUGCUGACCGCAUUAUCUCUCGCUUUGCUACCAAUGGCAUCGCCUGCCAGUGGAAGUUGCUUGAGCCUGCCCAAGACGGCACCACUGUCCAAUACUGAGAAUUUGAUAGCGAUUUCCAGAAGUCGAAUCCAACUCUCACGCAGAAAAAGUCAUGAUCGGAGAGGCAGUGAUAGACAUGACCGCCAUGAUUGGUGUAUAUGCUUUCAUAGACGGUUAGAGCUUGGGAAAGGGCUCUAUGAACAGUGGGCAUAACGAAAGUGACUCUUCUUAUUACUCACAUUCAUGAUAUACAUGCCCACAAUUUCUUCCUACACUGUCGCCUAGACUUCAGUUCUUGAAAUGACAUCGAAUAAACAGUUUCCCAGCAACUUCAGGAUUGCCAAGGCACUUUGUGUACUCUUGUAGAUUUGAGAACACUAGAGCACCUGACAGGAAGAGAGCUUUUACAGAUGCAUUGCUAGAAGAUAUACCAACCGGCUACAUUUAUCAAUGGACUUUCUCUCCACGUCCCAAGAAGGAUAUAGAAAACAAAGAACCUAAAGACGAU